GUGUGGGGAAGAUGAGAGCCAGAGCAAAGGUCAGAGGAUGGAGAAAGUCACACUUAAAAACGAGAAUGAAUCCAAGGACCUGUCCUUCAAAAGCCAUGAUUCAAAGGAUAUAUGGUGGGAUUUUAAAUCAGAUCAACCUCCACCACCAGAGAGGAUGGAGAAAGUCACACUUAAAAACAAGCAUGAAUUUAGGAACCUGUCCUUCAAAAGCCAUAAUUCAAGGGAUAUGUGGUGGGAUUUUAAAUCAGAUCAACCUCCACCACCAGAGAGGACCCAUCAGAAAUUCCAACUUGAACCUGAACUUGAACCACAGCCUGACCUCAUGUCAGUUGUGAGCGAGAACUCUUAUGAUUUUCAUAUUGACUUUGAAUCUUCUGGACCCUCCUCAGAAAGAAUGAGCCAGAAGAUAUCAGAGAUUCCCAGUGGUCCAUCUGGCCCCCCGUAUCAAACACAGCUGGACUCCAUAUUUAUGUUACUGAAGGAAAACAUUGUCACUUUUGUGACGAAUGAGUUGAAGAAGAUCCAGAAGGUUUUGAGUCCAGAAGACCCAGAAUGGUCAGAGUGUGAGAGAGAUGAUGAGGAGUUCGAAGGUGAGAAUGAAGAGCAGAGGAAGAGUAGCAGAGAGGCAGUGAUGAAGAUCACAAUGAACUUCCUGAGAAGGAUGAAACAGGAGGAGCUGGUUGAGCGACUCCAGCGCAAACAUCUUACUGCAAUUGGUCAACAUAAACUAAAAUCCAGUCUGAAGAAAAAGUUCCACUGUGUCUUUGAGGGAAUCGCUAAAGCAGGAAGUCCAACCCUUCUGAACCAGAUCUACACAGAGCUCUACAUCACAGAGGGAGGGACUGGAGGAGUCAAUGAUGAACAUGAGGUCAGACAGAUUGAAACAGCAUCCAGGAAACCACAUAGACCAGAAACAACAAUCCGACAAGAAGACAUCUUUAAAGUCCAACCUGGAAGAGACCAACCAAUCAGAACAGUGAUGACAAAGGGAGUGGCUGGCAUUGGGAAAACAGUCUUAACACAGAAGUUCACUCUGGACUGGGCUGAAGACAAAGCCCACCAGAACAUCCAGUUCAUAUUUCCAUUCACUUUCAGAGAACUGAAUGUGCUGAAAGAGAAAAAGUUCAGCUUGGUGGAACUGAUUCAUCACUUCUUUACCGAAACCAAAGGAAUCUGCAGCUUUGAGCACUUCCAGGUUCUGUUCAUCUUUGAUGGCCUGGAUGAGAGUCGACUUCCUCUGGACUUCCACAACAAGGAGAUCCUGACUGAUGCUACAGAGUCCAGCUCAGUGGAUGUUCUGCUGACAAACCUCAUCAGGGGCAAACUGCUUCCCUCUGCUCUCCUCUGGAUAACCACACGACCUGCAGCAGCCAGCCAGAUCCCUCCUCAGUGUGUUGGCAUGGUAACAGAGGUCAGAGGGUUCACUGACUCACAGAAGGAGGAGUACUUCAGGAAGAGAUUCAGAGAUGAGCAGCAGGCCAGCAGGAUCAUCUCCCACAUGAAGACAUCACGAAGCCUCCACAUCAUGUGCCACAUCCCAGUCUUCUGCUGGAUCACUGCUACAGUUCUGAAGGAUGUGCUGGAGAUCAGAGAGGGAGGAAAGCUGCCUAGCACCCUGACUGAGAUGUACAUCCACUUCCUGGUGGUUCAGACCAAAGUGAAGAAGGUCAAGUAUGAUGAAGGAUCAGAAAAAGAUCCACACUGGAGUCCAGAGAGCAGGAAGAUGAUUGAGUCUCUGGGAAAAUUGGCUUUUGAUCAGCUGCAGAAAGGAAACCUGAUCUUCUAUGAAUCAGACCUGACAGAUUGUGGCAUCGAUAUCAGAGCAGCCUCAGUGUACUCAGGAGUGUUCACACAGAUCUUUAGAGAGGAGAGAGGGCUGUACCAGGACAAGGUGUUCUGCUUCAUCCAUCUGAGUGUUCAGGAGUUUCUGGCUGCUCUUCAUGUCCAUCUGACCUUCAUCAACUCUGGUGUUAACCUGAUGGAAGAAAAACAAUCAGCUAUCCCUACAUUGUUUCACAAAUCAAAAAUAAUAUCUCUACACCAGAAUGCUGUUGACCGGGCCUUACAGAGUUCAAAUGGACACCUGGACCUGCUGCUCCGUUUUCUGCUGGGACUUUCACUGCAGACCAAUCAGAGACUCCUUAAAGGUCUGUUUACACAGACAGGAAGUUGUUCUCAGAGCAAUCAGAGACUUUUACAAGGUCUGCUUGUACAGACAGGAAGUAGCUCUCAGACCAAUCAGAAAAUAGUUCAAUAUAUCAAGGAGAAGAUCAAUGAGAAUGUGUCUGCAGAGAAAAGCAUCAAUCUGUUCCACUGUCUGAAUGAACUGAAUGAUUGUUCUCUAGUGGAGGAGAUCCAACAGUCUCUGAGUUCAGGAAGUCUCUCAACAGACAAACUGUCUCCUGCUCAGUGGUCAGCUCUGGGUUUCAUUUUGUUGUCAUCAGGAGAAGAUCUGGAUGUGUUUGAUCUGACGAAAUACUCUGCUUCAGAGGAGGCUCUUCUGAGGCUGCUGCCAGUGGUUAAAGCCUCCAACAAAGCUCUACUGAGUAACUGCAACCUUUCAGAGAGAAGCUGUGAAGCUCUGUCCUCAGUUCUCAGGUCCCAGUCUUCAAGUCUCAAAGAACUGGACCUGAAAAACAAUAGUUUGAAGGAUUCAGGAGUGAAGCUUCUAUCUGAUGGACUAAGGAGUCCAUACUGCAAACUAGAGAAACUAACCUUGUCAGGCUGCCUGAUCACAGAAGAUGGCUGUGCUUCUCUGGUAUCAGCACUCAAAUCAAACCCCCAUCAUCUUCAAGAGUUGGAUUUGAGCUACAAUCACCCAGGUGACUCAGGAGUGAAUAUGCUUUCGGCUGGACUGAGAGAUCCACAUUGGAGACUUGAAAUGCUAAGGGUGGAGCCUGCUGGUAACCGAUAUUUAAAACCAGGUCCAUGGAGGUAUUCAUGUCAGCUGACAUUUGACCGAGACACAAUAAACCAAAACUUCCAACUUUCAAACAACGACAGGAAGGUGACAGAUAUGCAGAAGGCUCACUCAGAUACUGAUUAUCUAGACAGAAGAAAUAUUCCUCAGCUGCUGUGUAGAAAUGUUAUCAGUGAUCGCUGUUAUUGGGAGGUUGAGUGGAGAGGAAAAAUAGAGAUAUCAGUAACUUAUAGAGGAAUCCGUAGGAGAGGACUUACUAAUGACUCUGUGUGUGCAAAGAGUGAUGAUUCCUGGAGUUUGAGCUGCUCUGACGACGGUUACACUGUCAGUCAUUAUAAGAACAGGAAGCUCCUUUCAUCAUCCUCUUUUUCCACUGUUUCUAACAGAGUAGCCGUGUAUGUGGACUGUCCUGCUGGCAGUCUGUCCUUUUACAGAGUUUCCUCUGACUCUCUAAUCCACCUCCACACCUUCAACACCACAUUCACUGAUACCUUGUAUCCUGGAUUUACAGUCCUACCGGGCUCCUCAGUGUUCCUGUGUUGAGUAUUAAUUUCUUGCCUUCCAUACCAUACUUGAUGGUUGACAUACAAAUUGUUCAUUUGUUUUCAAGUCAAGUUACUGUGGUUGUGACAUAUUUAGGUUUUGAGGUCCAAACGAGUGAUACGCCUUCCACAGCCAAUUCUUAAGGCUAACUGUAGACUGAUAACAAAUUAAGAACUUGACAACUUAUGAUCAUGCUUAAAAUGCUGUCAGGGUGGUUUAUAAAUGAAAAUACUAUAUGGUUAUUUAUUUUUGUUAUGCGGAUCAGAAUUAUAUAUCUGUAAACUACAUUUUAUAUAAACAGCAGUUCUCUUUUACUCCAGUCUUGGACUUCACUUGUUCUGUAUUGUUAAAAAUGAUCUGUGUUCCCACUUGUGUUUUACUGUAAGAUGUUGACUUCUGAUGCUCUCUGUUCUUAUCUAUAGGGCAUCAUGAAUAUAUGGGCAGUGCUAUGAAAAUUAACUUCAAUCCAGAUUUCUUCUUCUCUAACUUUCCUGUCUAACUUAAAUGUUCCAAAUCAUCAAACAAAUUUUUUAUAACAGACAAAUAGAAAGUAAAUGACAAAAGAUUAUUUCAUUUAUUACAGGAAAAAAGCUUGGGAAAAAUGGGUGUGAAUAAAACUUAUUUAAUCAUUUUCAUUCUCCUUCCCAUCAAUAUUUUCAUGAUUCCUGCGUGAAUUUAUACAACUCAAAAAGUCUUUAAACAAACAAGUUCAUGUACAUAUACCAUAAAUAUACACAAUCACAAGUGCUUGCACACAUAGAAAGGUAUUUUGUUCUAUAUAACACAGUAGGAGUGUAACAGGUAAACAUUUUAUGGAUGCAAACUCGACUAAAAGC